CGCCCUCCUAGCCCAGUCCGCCUCCAGUCAUCCAGCUAGCAGGUCUGUCUGCUCACCGUCCCGCUGCUGCGCGGAGUCUCGGCGUCCUUUUCAGCGUUUGCGAGUCCUUGCGGGCCGCACCUCGUUGGGAUUAAAGUCUUUGCGAACUUUAUUCUCCAGUUGCCCUUGACGACAUAUGGAGAAAAUGGCCAGACCUCUUCCCAUCAACACAACUUUCCUGCCGCCGACUCAUGGCGUCCUCAAGUCCCUGCUGGAGAACCCUCUCAAGAUGCCUUUCCACCACGACGAAGGCUUUGGCAAAGAGAAGGAGAAAGAGAAGUUGGAGGAUGAGAGCGGCGUGGCCAGCGCGCCUCAGUCAGCCUUCCUGGGGCCCACCCUGUGGGACAAGACGCUGCCCUACGAUGGGGACAACUUCCAGCUGGAGUACAUGGACCUGGAGGAGUUCCUGUCUGAGAACGGCAUUCCCGCCAACACAGCUCAGGGCGAGCAGCAGCAGGGUGCACCCCAGGCCCGGCACCCUCCUCAGGCCCCACCUGCGCCCUUGGUGGUGGACCUCAGCAACCGCGCCACCACCUCCGUGCACACGACCAUGCCGCCGCCGCAGCCGUGCCUCCACAGCCCCGGCGCAACAGCGCUGCCCUCAGCCCGGGACACGCCCAGCCCCAUCGACCCAGAGUCCAUUCAGGUGCCCCUCACCUACGAGCCCGACCCGGCAGACCUUGCUCUGUCCAGCGUUCCCGGCCAGGCAGUGUUUGAUCCCAGGAAACGAAAGUUCUCCCCCGAGGAGCUGAAACCGCAGCCCAUGAUCAAGAAGGCCCGCAAAGUCUUCAUCCCCGAAGACCUGAAGGACGACAAGUACUGGGCCCGUCGCAGAAAGAACAACGUGGCGGCCAAGCGCUCUCGAGAUGCUCGGCGGCUGAAGGAGAACCAGAUUGCCAUCCGGGCCGGCUUCCUAGAGAAGGAGAACGCUGCCCUGCGCAUGGAGGUGGCCGACCUGCGGAAGGAGCUGGGUCGCUGCAAGAACGUUGUGGCCAAAUACGAGGCCCGGCACGGGCCGCUGUGAGGCCCCGCCCUCCACCUGCCCAUUCCUGACCCUCAACCCUUGACCCCGCCCUCCCUUUAAAGGACAAAGUGUCUCUUGGUGACGCCAACACGUCUGUCAGUUUGUCACUUUGUUCUCCCGCUAAAGCCAUGUGACGUGUCACUUAUCUUCUCGUAACAUCUCACUGCGCUCAGCUCCGCUCUCUCAGCCGCGGUUCACCAGCGAGCAAUAAAGCCGCCGCCUCCGUGCACUACAGCAUCGCUCACAAUCCGCUCCCCCGCCGCCAUGUUGCUCCACGACAGAUGAUGUCCUUUCAGCAUGAAUUCUUUCCUUUUUUCAUUUUUGCAAAGUUGGUCUUUUUUUUUCUGCUUGUGUUGACCCUUGUAAGACCCCGCCCCCAUCCCAUCCUUCUGCGCCCCCAAACUCCACCCUGCUCCCGCUACAUGGUAGAACCCCCGUGUCUGCGUAGCCGCCGCCCGUCUUGGCCAAGAUGGCGGCAUGAAUGUAAAGGAUGUGCUGAGCAAGGAAAAGCAAACGUUGGCUGGUUACACCAAACCAAUCGCUCCAGAGAAGAUAUAUUGGUUACAAGAGAUGUUUAUAUAAACCUAAUCUAUACGUUGUUGUUUUGUACAGUAUUUUUCCUAUACACAACUGAACUGAACUAUGUAUUUUAAAUGCAUAACAGAUCCAGAAUAUUAAAAGACUUUAAGACUAUAA